UUUAAACAUUUUCCUGGCCCCGCUCGUCGCCGGUGUAACAAGAUAUUUGCUCUGCCUCCGCGUUCAUUUCUAUAUAAAACUAUAGGACACUUAUCUCAACUCUACCCUUUUGGCGCGGAGCAAAGAAUGAAAAGUACUAUUAUUUUACUUGUUUUUUUUAUUUAUUGUGCGGCAUUCGCCUAUUCCUCUGGACUUGAAGAGAAUGCACUAGAAGAAUAUGAUGGGAAACUGCUGAAGGAUCCAGAUGCACUUCAUGACCAGAUCAAAUAUGACUUCCGCAAGUCAUUAGACCUAGAUGAGGAGGGCUGUGUUCUCCAUCCUGAGAGGAGAGAGGGCCUGAAGGAGUGUGGUUUCAACACCACAGCCAAGACCAUCCUUAUCAUACAUGGCUGGACGAUGAGUGGCAUAUUCGAGAGCUGGAUGCAUAAGCUUGUGGCGGCUGUGCAAGAGCGAGAGCCGGAAGCCAAUGUGUUCGUCGUUGAAUGGUUGAACCUCGCCCAUCAGCUCUACCCUGAUGCUGUCAAUCACACCCGUCGCGUUGGACUCAGCAUCGCAGACCUGCUCAACUGGCUCCAGGACGACAUGAAUAUGCCAUUGCAGAAUGUCCACCUGAUUGGUUAUAGCCUUGGGGCACAUGUUGCAGGCUACGCAGGCAAUUUUGUGAAAGGCACAGUUGGAAGAAUAACAGGCUUGGACCCAGCAGGACCGAUGUUUGAAGGAGUGGACUCACACCGGCGACUUUCUCCAGAUGACGCAGACUUUGUGGAUGUCCUGCACACGUACACACGGGAGGCCCUGGGCGUCAGCAUUGGCAUCCAGCAGCCAAUAGGAGACAUCGACAUCUAUCCAAAUGGUGGUGACAUCCAACCGGGCUGCGCAUUGGGUGAUGUUGUGGCGUAUGCUGGUGGAGGUUUUGUGGAUGUGUUGAAGUGCGAGCAUGAAAGAGCAGUGCACCUAUUUGUCGACUCCCUGAGUAAGGACCACACCAGCUAUGCGUACCAGUGCACCGGGCCCGACCGCUUCAAGAAGGGGAUCUGCCUGAGCUGCCGCAAGAACCGCUGCAACAACAUGGGCUACAACGCCAAGAAAAUGCGUAAACGGAGGAACAGUAAGAUGUAUCUGAAGACUCGCGCGGACACGCCGUUCGGAGGUUACCACUACCAGAUGAAGAUGCACGUGUUCAACAGAAAGCAGUCCGAUGACGCUGACCCCAUCUUCAAUGUCAAGCUCUUGGGGUCUCACAACGACACUUCUGAUCUCGGCGUCAGCAUACCAGGAAAAGUUGGCCUGAACUUCACCAACACGUUCUUGGUGUUUGUUGAGGAAGACAUUGGUGACCUCCUGAAGAUCCAGCUCAGCUGGGAAGGACCUGCGGAGUCUAUGGCGUCCCUGUUUAGAAGCAUCAAGAAGAGCUUCUGGUCCUGGUCUAGUCCACCAUCCAAUCAGGUCUUACAGGUGCGCCGGAUCCGUGUGAAAUGCGGAGAGACUCAGAAAAAAUACACUUUUUGUGCAGAGAAAGAAAUUUCUGAGAAUGAUAUCGUACCCGGCAAGCAUCUAACAUUCUCGAAAUGUCGCGAUGGCUGGGAGGUGAAGCCAAGAAAAAGAUUCCACAUCUGAAAAGAAAGCACUUCAUCUGGUCGUCUUAAGGCAGACGUCUGGUACCGCUGCUGCACCCUGAGCACUUUCUACGGCUCACAGAGGACUGAGCGACGGGGCUGAGUAUUUUAGGGAAGACCUCGGGAGCUGGACGAGACUGCCCACGCCAUUCAUGUGCAGGGGGGGGGUGUUGUGAUUGGCAUCCACAGGUCAUUGUUCGUACUUGACUGCUCAACCUCUGAUCAGAAUCCACACAAUCUGUGUACCAAAAGGUCACGCUCGAAUGGUCAUUAUUUUUGUAAGCCUUUAUUUAUGAAAAAAAAAAAAAUGCACUGAAGUCAGGUUAAUUUAUGAACUUGAUGCACAGCCUAUUUAAGCACACAUUCAUUCUCUUCCGAUGGAGUGGUGAGCCACAGGCAGUGGAACAGUGUUUUACAGAAAGAAUGAAGUGUCUCUGAUUGGUCAGUCUUUUUGAGAAGUGUCAAUUUGUAUGUGCCUUUUUGAAAAUAUUGUAUGUAUUUGUGUAUAUAAUGUACAUAUGUUUAAAAUAAAUUCAUUUGUUGUA